AUGCCUGCCCUGCCCUCAUAUGGGGUCUACGAAUUACGAGAUGGCUUCUUCGAUGCUGUCUUCUAUCCUCCGGCCGAAGUCGACAUGGACGAGCUAAUGAUCCACGCUGAGUUGACCUUGCCUUAUGCAUUUCGAAAACAGCACCCAUUGUCGUUGAAGACCUUCUUUCCAAAACAGUGGCAUGAGAUCAAGGGCGUCUAUCGCCGAGUCACGACCACGAGGGCUGGAAUUAAACUUCUCAAAUCCUUCCUUGCCUUCUUCAUUGCUUAUGUCUUGUGUCUUGUGCCAUCCGUCCGAGCCUGGCUCGGCCGGUACAGUUACAUCAUGGUAAUCUCGCCUAUCAUAAAUCAUUCUGGAAGAAGUUUUGGUGCUCAAGUGGAAGGAGCCGUCUUCACCAUUGUCGGCACUGCAACGGGACUUGGUUGGGGCGCGUUCGGCCUGUGGCUGUCAACGAUCACCACUACUGCUCAAGUCGGAUUUGGUGGCAUUCUGGCGACUUUCUUGUGUCUCUAUAUCUUCUUCAUCGCCUGCCUUCGUUCAUACUAUAUACGCACGUACCAGGGAAUCAUCUGCGCUGGUAUUUCCAUUAUCUACACAUGUUUGGCAGAAGUCUCCAGGUCCGAAGUAUCGUGGUCGAAACUAUUUGCCUACGGGAUUCCUUGGGUUCUGGGGCAAGCUAUAGCUCUAGUUCCUUGCGUUCUGAUUGCUCCAGAUGCCGGAGCCCGCCCAUUGGCAGUGUCGUUGCAUAAUGCAUUUGCAGUUAUGUCGGAUGGCCUCGUUAUAUCCCGGCCUGAUAGUCUCAUCAUUCGUCGAAGGCUAGCACAGACCUUUAUCGACUUAUCACAGGCGUAUCGGGAUCUGGUCAUCGACUUCUCCAUCACAUUCUUUGAUCCAAAAGACGUCCUUCACCUGAGAAAUCUCAUGCAGGGUGUCGUCCGCACCUUGUUAAGUGUCAAGGAUGAGACCCGGCUAUUCAAAAACUUCACUUCAACGACCACGCAUGUGCAGGAGAGCUCACAUCUCGAAGACUUCGUUGUCGACAUAGGGCAAAAGCUCGAGACACAAGAGACAUCUCAAGCGAAGGAGAUGCUACAGUUUGUGGCUGGUAAUCUGGCUGAGCCUACGGAAGCCCUCAUCUUGGCUAUGAAAUACUCAUUGCAGAGUUGUGACGCGGUGCUCAUGGAAAUGUGCGGACAUCGCCAAUACUUGGGACCUUCUGACGAUGUUUCGAACGACGUAACGGGUUCUUUAGUGAAGCUUCGACGCCGAAUCAUCGCAUUCGGCUCUGUCCAGGAGAGUGUUUUGAACAGCAACAAGCUACCAGAAGCCUACGCCGAGCACCCAGAAGUUGUAAAAAUAUUCGCCUUUUGUCGUUCGGUACACCAGGCUGCCUUAUCAGUGGAAACCUUGCUUGUCAAGGUAAACGAAAUGCAGCAGAGACAACCAAAGUAUCCAAAAUUUCAUCUACCUUCGUACCCCUUGUGGAAGUCCCUCCACCGGACGAACCGUCAGGUUCGACAUGAUCGUGGUGGUUUGACAGCAGGUUCAUACUUUAGGAGCUUCAGUGACAUAUCAGAACUCAUCCAGAAAAUCAAGUCAAAGGAGUUCCAGCCACUACCGCGGAAAUAUGAGAACCAGGAUGAAAAACACGAAACCGGUUACGCAACAAUGACUGCAGCGGAGCUAGAAGACGACGAGCCAGGCACCAAAAAGGCAAGAUUUGGACAUUCCAUUUGGAAUAUACUACACCGAGGGCAAGGAUUUGAGACUCGGUUCGCGCUAAAGACAACUGCUGUCACAUCUCUGCUCGCCAUACCCGCCUGGUUGUCCGGCAGCACCUUGUGGUGGGAUGAGUACGAAAUUUGGUGGGCGGUUGUCAUGGCUUGGUUGAUCAUGGCGCCUCGUGUCGGUGGAAACAUUCAAGACCUCUUCACACGGGCAAUAUGUGCUGUUCUUGGCUCUGUUUGGGGAGGUCUGGCAUAUACCACAAGGGACGGUAAUCCAUUUGUUACUUCCGUAUUCGCCCUCAUAUUCAUGAUCCCCAUGGUUUACCGAUUUACACAAAGUACACACCCAAGAUCUGGGUUGGUAGGGUGUAUAACUUUUACCGUUGUCUCUCUGGCGGAAGACUCGGCGGAUUACCAAACAUCUCCCGUAAUUGUGGCUGUAACAAGAGGAGGCGCUAUGGCGGUGGGUGUCAUUGCUUCAAUUGUGGUCAACUGGGUCUUAUGGCCUUUUGUUGCUCGUCACGAUUUGCGCAAAGCAAUUUCGGCCAUGAUUUUCAAUUGCAGCAUCGUUUAUAGGAGCAUCGUGUCCAAGUACGUGUACUACGAAGAAGGUCAUGCCCCAACAAAAGAAGACAUUGAAGCAUCAGAGAUUCUAGAAGGGCGUCUCCGUGAGGGUUUUGUCCGACUCAGGCAACUUUUGGGAUUGACAAGGCAUGAGAUCCGCCUGCGUUCGCCUUUCGACCCCCUUCCGUACUCGGCUCUGAUCGACGCCUGCGAGCGCUUCUUCGAGCACGUAGUUACGGUGCGACAGUCGUCGUUGUUUUACCACCCACACUUCAUCAGAGACAACACCGAGGCCGCAGCACGACUACUGGGCUACCGACGUGAUGCUAUUGCCACCAUGUUGACGAACCUGUACGUUCUUUCUGGGGCUUUGAGGGCUGAUCGAAAAGUACCCAAAUACCUCCCUAACGUGGCCGCAGCGCGCAGAGAACUACUUGAUCAGAUGAAGGCGCUCGAGAUUGAAUUGGCGGCUGGGUCCAAGUUUUCUGCCAACAUGAAGGCGGGGGAAAGGAAAUGGGCACAAAUCUAUAGCUACUCAUACAAUGAGAGUUUGACGGGCUGUGUGGAGCAACUGGGGGAACUCGAGAAGUAUACCAAAGUUAUCGUUGGAGGACAGGGGUAA